ACACUUUUUAGUUGUCUUUUUUUAUUUUUUUCCUCUCUCCGCACAUGCUACCUUCUCCUUCUCCUCUCUCUCUCUCACACAUUAUUUCUUUCUUUUUCAUUAUCAUCAUUUUUUAAUUUAAUAUUCAUUUUUUUGUCUCAAACAAACGUGUUAAAUAUUACUUAGUUAAUCAAUUAUUAUUAUUUAAAAUGAAUGUUCCUAUUAUGUUCCUUUGAACUCUCAAAAAUUCUUCUGACAUAACAUCCUCUUCAAUGCAUUCAAUUAGGUUACUCUCUCUCUCUCUCUAUCUAGAUUCACUUUCAUUUUUUUUUUUGUUAGGUUAAGAAUUAUUUGAAAUACUUUAUUGAAAUUCAUAGUAUUGGUAUCAAUUUUGGGGAAUCAUUGAUAUGGUAUUAUGGUAGGUGUGUGUUUUGUCAGAUAAGUUGUUACAAUUUUUGUGUUUGAAGUAAAAGACAUUCAAUCUAUUCAAUUUUUUUAUUAUUUUAAUUGUUUAAUUUUGACGUAUGGUAAUAUUAAUAACAAUAUAGAGUAGCGGUGAUUCAUAUUCAAAGCACUAUCCUUAUUUGGGAAGCUUCAUUGUUUGUUGAAAAUGGAGAUGAAAUCUUUUUGAGGGAGUAAGUUAGGUGCUGUUGCUGCUAGUUUUUAGUUGUGUUGUAGUCUUGUAGAUGGACCGGAGGAGUUGGUUAUGGCGUAGGAAGUCGUCUGAGAAAAGUCCAGGCGAAACGGAGAGUUCAGGAUCAUUAUCAUCUCUCUCAGAAAGAUUUUCUGAUGAUCAGGCAUAUCCAAGCCAAGCUACUCUAUCACCAGAGGUCACAUCUAAGGCUGCACCAAAUGAAGAAGUUGGUACACCGAAAAAAUAUAAAGAAGACUUUAUUGACGUGAAGACUCUUACGAACGAAUUAGCUGCAGCUCUGCUAGAUAUUAGUGCCAAAGAAGAUUUGGUAAAGCAGCAUUCUAAGGUUGCUGAAGAAGCUGUCUCAGGUUGGGAGAAGGCUGAAAAUGAAGCAUUGUCUUUAAAACAACAACUUGAUGCUGCAAGGCAGAAGAAUUCAGGUCUUGAAGACCGAGUUAGCCACCUUGACGGGGCACUCAAAGAGUGUAUGAGGCAGCUUCGCCAAGCUAGGGAAGUGCAAGAGCAAAAGAUCCAUGAAGCCAUUGCAAAUAAUUCUCAUAACUCGGAAUCUAAAAGAUUUGAACUUGAGAGAAAAGUUGCUGAGCUUGAAGCUCAACUUCAAACAUCAAAAGCAGAUGCUGUUGCAUCUAUUCGUUCCGAUCUUCAUAGGAAACUCGAGACUGUGGAGAAGGAGAAUUUGAGUCUUCAGCUUGAGCUACAAUCUCGACUUGAGGAACUAGAAUUCAGGAUAGCAGAGAGGGAUUUGAGUUCCCAAGCUGCUGAAACAGCUAGUAAACAAAACUUGGAGAGCAUAAAAAAGAUUGCUAAGCUUGAAGCUGAGUGCCGUAGACUGAAAGCCAUGACUCGUAAAACAUUUAAUUUGAAUGAUAACAGAUCUUUGACCACAUCUUCAGUUUAUAUCGAGUCCUUCGCAGAUAGCAUGUCAGAUGGUGGAGAGAUGAAUGAAUAUGAACCAAGCUGUUCCGAUUCAUGUUCAUCUGCAUUAAUUUCUGAACUUGAUCAAUUAAAGAAUAAAAAGACUACUGGAAAAAAUCAUAUUGCGCAUGCGACUUCAACCGAGAUCAAUCUCAUGGAUGAUUUCCUUGAGAUGGAAAGGCUCGCUGCCUUGCCAGAUACAGAAAGGGGAAGCCAUUAUGCUAAUGGAGGACGAGCAUCUGAUCAAUUUAUUGUUGGUCACAGUACAAUGGAAGCUGAAGUGGAAGCUAUGAUUCAAAAGAACGCAGAGUUGAAAAAGAAGCUGGAGAGAAUGGAGGAAGAUAAACUUAAGGUAGAGAUGAGUUUAACUGAGUGCCAAAUGCAGCUUGAGACCUCAGAGAGUCGGAUAAGGGCAGCAGAGUUGAAGGUAGAAGAGCUUCAAACUCAGUUGGCUCUAGCAAACAAAUCAAAUCAAGAAGCAUAUGAAGAACUAAAAGAAACCAAAACAAAGAAGGAUAUAGUUGAGUUGAAACUCAAAAAUGCUCAAACUGAGGUAGAAGAACUAAUUUCAAAAAUCCAUUCAUUGGAGGAAGAGAUUCAGAAGGAGCAAGCUUUGUCUGCUGAGAAUUCGAUCAAAAGCAAGAAGUUGAAGGACGAGCUUUCAAGAAUGAAACAUGAAGCUCAACUUCAGCAAGACACCAAGACUUUGCAGAAGGAAAGUGUUAAUCGCGAUUUGAAGUCAAAACAGGAUAAAGAACUUGCAUUAGCUACUAGCAGAUUUGCUGAAUGUCAAAAAACCAUUGCAUCUCUUGGGAAGCAGUUGAAGUCUCUUGCAACAUUGGAAGACUUUCUGCUUGAUUCAGACAACAACCCCAUGGAGUUAAAAUGUGAAGUUAUUGCACAUGAUCCUCCUCAAAAGGAAGGUGAAAAGUUGAAAGUAGUAAAUCAUAGUGAUUUGAGUUUGGUUAAAAGAGAUUCAUCAUUAAACUCAUCUAUUACCAAUGAGAAAAGUCGUAAUGGAUUUGGUAAGUUGAUACCAAGAAGCAAGAGUGUUAGCAGAAUUCGUUGAAAAUCAUGUGAAAAGGUGGAGAUAAGACAUGAUUGAUGAUGAUAAGGUUGAGCUGUAAAUUUUGGUUUUGUUCAUUCUUAUUAUCACUUUGUGAUUCAAUGUUGUAUGAGUCCAAAGUUAUGUAUCUACAUAAUUAGCAGUGUUUGAAUGAACUUUUAAGAAUUGAAAUGGUUACAAAACAACAAAAAUAUAUACAUAAAAGUCAAAAUUUUAAAACUA